AAAUCAUUGAGAGGUUUCAAUCUAGGCCUUUGCUUUAAGAAUCGAUCUUUAUUCUCCCUCCCUUUUCUGAAGGUGAUUUCUCAACGCCACCCAAGAAACAACUAACUAAUAAAUAAAUAAACGAAAGUACGAGGCCCCGCGAGGCCGUUGUGGAUUAUUUAACUAGCGAUUAGCGCUGUUUAAAUAUUUGAACGGAAUGAGCACCGCGACAUGGAAUAUUUACCUCCAACAAUUAUUAAUAUUUAUGCUAAAAUAAAAGCGCCUGAGGGAACCGGUCUUCUGAGUCUCUUGGAUAUCAAAUUAUUUUAAUAUAUAGAUAUAUUGUGGAAUUAAUAAACUGGACCUACGGAACUCAAUUCACACGCAUAAUAUGGCCUCUGAACACCCUACCUAUACCCGCGAACAACUCGCCAAGUAUCUCAUCUUUAUCUACAACUGUCCAGUAGACCAAGGGUUGACCAAGCUGUCUGAGCUUGAAGAACUUGUCCAAAGGGACCCUCUGACGGCAUUGACUGUGCUCCAACAACGACAGCUCGCCACCGUAGCGUUUUCCAAUAUCGUUUUGCAUUACUCCCAACACAACACCAUCUCGCUGGACCCUGACCAUCUGUUUCAUAAACUUAUAGAGCGCGGUCUAGGUGGCUAUUGCUUGGAAAACACAGGACUCCUGGCCAUAGUGAUCCGUUCGCUGGGAUAUCAGUUUUAUACUACUGCGGGAAGAGUGAGCAAGGGUUACGAUUCGCCUUCCGCUGCUAGUCAAUUUCAUGGAUGGGGCCACAUGAUACUAGUCGUGGCUAUUGAUGGGAAGAAGUACAUGGUGGAUGUUGGAUUUGGUCCCAAUGGUCCCACCCGCCCUCUCUUGCUAGAGGAGGAUAAACCCGCCACGACCUUCGCCCCCGCGCAAAUGAGGGUGGUCAAAAGCAAUAUCAGCGCAAAUGUGGACCAUAGCCAACGGCUCUGGAUGUACCAAACAAGGCCAGACCUAGAAAGCGAUUGGAGAGACGCCUACUGCUUCUACAACAUUGAAUUCCUGCCACAAGACUACGAGAUCCUAAACUUCUGGACGAGCCAACACCCCACCAGCACCUUUAAGCAGAAAUUCAUCUGCACCAAAUUUCUUCUCAGUGAAGCGGAGGACGACAUCAUCGGGACCCUGGCGUUAACAGGAGUUGAUGUAAAGCAAAAUAUCAACGGCAAUGUCGAGAAGAUCGCGAUUCUAAAUUCUGAAGCCGAUAGAGUUUCUGCAUUGGAAAAAUGGUUUAAUGUACAUCUCCAUCCAAUGGAGGUUCGAGGAAUCAAGGGUUCGGUGGUGGAAAUUCAGACAUCGACAUAAACAAGACGAGACCACACUGCUAAUGCUCCUCUUCAAAUGCAGAAUACGACUGUCUUUCCUCAUUUGAUCUUGUAACGUAACAAAUAUGUGUAGUUAUGGCAAAGUAUAAAGCGGAAAAAAGGAAUUUCUUUUAGAAAAAUCGUCUCUCGGUCUAGUUAUAUGGUCAGCUCUGGUUACCUCGAGGAGAAAAAAAAGGACAACUGCAGUAUCCCUUCCUUACCUUCCAUGGAUUGUUAACCUCGAAUCCCA